GUUCAAAGCAAUAAAAUAACGUGUAUUUGUCCUGAUCGUGCUAUCUGGCGUGACUGUUUAUGUACAAAGGUAACCUACUAUAAAAGUUAAAUUUAAUUUUACCAUAUUAUAAUCAUAGCAAUGUUCACAUAUAUUUCCGUCUUUUUUACAAUUUUGGCAUUUGUCAACACACAAUCAUGGUGGCCAAGAGAGAGUGAUGACUAUGAUCAUGACUACGAUUACGAACAACAUGAAGCUUAUCCCUCCUACAGCAGAAAAACACCUCCAGAACAAUUCGACAGCUAUGAAAUCGACGAAUCACUCCCGGCAUAUCAACCCGAAAGCUAUGAAUUUGACAAAUCAUCCUCUCCAGAACUACCCGACAGCUAUGAAACUGACGAAUCAUCUUAUCCAGAACUACCCGACAGCUAUGAAACUGACGAAUCAUCCUCUUCAGAACUACCCGACAGCUAUGAAACUGACGAACCAUCCUCUUCAGAACUACCCGACAGGUAUGAAACUAACGAAUUGUCCAAAGAGUCAGGUUUUGAAAAGGAACUCUUGCGUGACAUGGUACAUAUCAUCAGCGUAGAAGCCAAGGACUUCGUUAGAAGAAUUGAGAUGCAAGUUGAGAAGAGGUGUAAAGGAAAACGAAGCAUCAUAUGUGAAGCUGUACCUAAAGGGCUGUACUUGUUGGAACGUCUAAUUGAUACACUGAUGCAUCAGCUUGCUUUAGACCCCCGCAAAACACGGUCCUCCUUCGGGACACGCGAAAUCAAGAAUGAACUAGCCAAUAUAACCAGUGAGAUUCAGAAGUUCAUGCAUAAAACUAUAAGCAAGGUGCGAGGUAUCUGUGGAGGAAGCAACAGUGCUGUAUGCAACGCCUACCUAAAAGGCAUUGGGCUGGUGGAAAACGUCAUUGGAAAACUAUCGAAUAUAGCAUGAUAAAUAAAUGUUGAAGGAAUAAUCGAA